AGGGUUUAAUAAUUUUUUUAAAGUGAAAAAUGGAAAGUUAAAAAUUGGAAAUACAUUGAAUUAUUCCCGGAUCAAUAAAGGUCAUCUAUUAUGCAAUGCCCCAAGCAAUUUUUCAGAAGACGAUAAAUCAUAAGUCAACAAGUUAUAUGCGUGUUUGUCAAGAACUAAAUCAGAUAAACCCGAACGCGAAGAUAAAUGGUUCAAAUAAAAACUUUGGAAACAAAGAAACAAGGAACAAACAAAAAACCCCACAGUUUAAAUAAUACCACGACGUUCUCCUUCUUUUUUAUUACACCUGACACUUUGACAACCAUACGAAGUAUCGAAUAGAUUAUUUGUAUUGAUUCAAUUUAGAUUCAUAUCCUGAAAAGUUAUCGCGUAAUUCUGAGACCCCAAUUAACUGGUCGUGAAACGAAUAUAUACAGAAAUAUAUCUUUCUAUAUGGAGAUGUGUGUGUGUGUGUGUGUGUGUGGUGGGGAGGUGGCCAUGUGCAUGUACAGUACAUGAGGGAGAGAGAGAGAGAGAGAGAGAGAGAGAGAGCAGGGGUAAAUGAAGCGGCGGAGAUGCGUUCAGGGACGGUCUAUAUAGCAGUGGGUGUGAGCGGCGGACUCAGUUUAUUCCCAGUGUGGCCGCUCCGCGCGCGCAGCUCAAGUUCAAGGCGACCGAUCCUCCGCGGGACACACAGAGAGAAACUGUGCAUUUCCAAAUUAAAAAGAAGAAGAAGAAGAAGAAGAUUAACCACCAUGAGUUCUUCCAACGCGUGAGCAGCAGUGGUCGCGGGGGUCCUCGUCGUGCGCACGCACAUCACCGAGCCGAGCAGGCUGCCGCCGCUGCAGGGGAAGACCAGAGAGCCGCCUCCACCGGCGCCACCAUGCACUGCCAGGCCGAGCUGAGGCUCUCGUCGCCCGGGCAGCUGAAGGCGGCCAGGCGGCGCUACAAGACGUUCAUGAUCGACGAGAUCCUCUCCAAGGAGACUUGUGAUUACUUCGAGAAGCUCUCCCUGUACUCGGUGUGCCCCUCGCUCGUCGUCCGGCCCAAGCCCCUGCACUCGUGCUCGGGCUCCUCGUCGCUACGCGCCUACCCGCUCCUGUCGGUGAUCACGCGGCAGCCGCCCAACCUGGCGCCCCACCUCGCUCCGCCGCGGUCGCCGGGCGGGGUCCCCUCGCACCUGUCGCUGCUCUCGCCGCCGCAGCAGCAGCAUCAUCAGCAGCGUCCGCGCGGCGGCGGCGGCGGCUGCUCCGAGCCGUCGCCCAGCCAGACGCCGCUCAGCAUCAGCAGCGAGUCGGAGGCGGAGCGCGGCACGCCCCGCCUGAAGAAGCCGCGGCGCAGCCGCACCAUCUUCACCGAGCUGCAGCUGAUGGGCCUGGAGAAGAAGUUCCAGAAGCAGAAGUACCUGUCCACGCCCGACAGGUUGGACCUGGCCCAGUCCCUCGGCCUCACACAGCUGCAGGUGAAGACCUGGUACCAAAACAGACGGAUGAAGUGGAAGAAGAUGGUGCUGAAGGGAGGUCACGAGGCCCCGACGAAGCCCAAGGGACGACCCAAGAAGAACUCCAUCCCCACCACGGAGGAAAUCGAGGCCGAGGAGCGGAGGAUGAAGAUGGCGGAGGAGGAGGAGAGGAAGAGGAGGCGGGCGGCGGCGGCGGAGGAGGAGGAGGAGGAGGAGGAUGAGGAGGACGAAGAGGGGGCGGGGGAGGCGUUUCAGCUGGAGCCUCAGGAUCUCAGCGCGGAGACUCGCAGUCCGGCCGGAGGGAUGGAGGAGGCCGAGCGAGAGCCGCCGCCGCCGCCGCCGAUGCAACCAGUGACUCGCGCGUCCAGCAGCUAGGCGAGGACCGAAGGAAGCAACCAAAGACUAAAUGACAACCCUGACAACAAAUAGUGCCUCAGGAUCACCGUAAAGAAAAAAAAAAAAAAAGCCACGUGUGGUUGUUUUUAGAGCCAUUUGCUUGAUAGGGACUUUGACUGGAAAACAUGUCGGCGGUGUCCGAUCGUUGCCUGACGUAGCCUUAUUGUUUGUGUCCGUGUACUGGAACGGAGAGCCGACGUGCGAACAGGCGCCGGCCGACACUCGCGGCGUCCGGAGUGUAAAUCUGUCAAAUCCAAACGGGUCGGUCGAAGCCUUAACACACAGCGACGACGCGUAUCGCGCCGCAUCAAAGAUCCUACACACACACACACACACACGCGCGCGCGUGCGAUCGCUGAUCCUCAGAAGCUGCCUCACGAAUCGUGCCAAAAUAUCAAACUCUUGACUUGUGCCUCUUGUAUGUAUUUAUGUAUCAUAACUCUCUCUCUCUCUCUCUCUCUCUCUCUCUCUCUCUCUACACUGCCAAAAAACCAAACUAUAGAAUAUUCAAAAAAAGAAAAACGGCCCCAGUGCCUUUUGUCGGUCUCAGAGGAAAGCUUUUUAAAAUAAUAACAAGUAUAUAUUUUUUAGAGUGAUUUUUUUUAAAUUACACGUGCUGGUUGUUUUUGUUCUUUUUGGUUUGUUCUUUUUUUUUUUUUGGUGUUGUAAAGUUUAGAAAAACUUUUUGUUCCAAAUCUGAAAAAAGAGGAAAAAAAUAUUUCUGCCAAGCCAUGCACUGUAUCAUACUGUAGAAAUAUGUACAAAGUAUAAAAAUAUAUGAUCCUUCAGAUAUAUAUAAAUAUAUAUAUAUAUAUAUAUAUAUGUGUGUAAAAACAGUAUUUUUAACUGCUGUUUUUCAAAUUAGGAUUCAACAUAGUUUGUAUGUCUCACGUCACCGACUCUUAUCUUUAACGUUUUUCUUCUUCUUCUUUCUUCACAUGGGAGAUGACUCUGCUUUUUUCCCCCCGCGAGGCCACAAGGUCUCUUAAGCUGUCACAGAACCUCAGAGGAGAAUAAAUCACAGCCCGUGCCAGAGCAAGAAAGAAAGAAAAAAGUCUCACAGACAGUUUCCAGCUCGCGGGCUUUUUAAUUUUUUUUUGCGUGAGUAACGAAAUCCAAAUUGUUGUAGACCGGCAUUAGCAUAAGGCUGUCCUCAGCUGCGGGUCGCCGGGCCUCGACCUCCCCUGCCUUCUCUUGGAAUUAAAACAAAAAAAGAGUUUUACUUUUUAUUUUGGGAUUCAUACAGAUUUUAUUUUCAUUCGUUUUUAUGGUUCCGUUUGAAAAAGUCCAGUAUUUUUCUGAUGUACAUAAUUGCUUGUUUGCCGUGUGUUUUGUCGCUGUUGUUGUUGUUGUUGUUUUUUUUUACCAUAUACCAUAUAAAAGUGUGUGUUUAUGUAUUUAAAUACACGUAAUAAAAUAGCCUUCAUUUAACUUGUGCUUGUUUUUUUAAAUUUUUUUAAUUAGAAUCCUGUUUUCACGACCUGAUUGAAUUUAAACCUCAAACAUUUGCAUAUUCAACAAGAACACCCUGCUCCUAUAUAUAUGUCGUCAAAUUAGUGGCCCCUACAGAAUACCAUGCCGUGAAAUAAUGUUCAGCUGCACUGUCACGUCAGGUGUGUGUGUGUGUGUGUGUGUGUGUGUGUGCGUGCGUGCGUGCGUGCGUGUGCGUGUGUGUGUGUGUGUGCAUAAAUCAAACAGUUACAGUAGCUGUGGCAGGUCGAAGUUUCAGUCAGAUCCAUUACUGAGGGGAAGCUCUCCGAAGGCGCAUUAGUCGCAGUCACAGUUUGGCAAUGAAUCACGUUUCGAGGACAACAAAAGCGCUCAAAGCAUUCCAUGUUGUGACAUUCAUCAUAUUUAUCUGUGCGGCAGCAACACACGAUGGCUUCUUCUCCUUCUACGUCUCCUUCUUCCACUUCUACGUCUUCUUCCGCGGCCACGACCGAGCGAGGCCGCGGUCUUUAAGUGUAUUUUUAGUGCCUGAUACUGGACAUGGAUGAUUUGCAAAGCAAACAGCGCGAGGUUAGCAUUGACGGGCGU